AUUAGCAUUUUAGAGAUCAGAGUAGAUUGUUGCCAUUACGCAACUAUUGAUGGUUUGUUAGACAUUGGGAUACAGACAAGUGGUUAUAGUAGUAGGGGUUUCUGCACGGGUUCGUGAUUGUCUCUGUGCGCUCUUUGUAGCGCUGUCCCUAGAUUGUAUCGAGUAGAUUUUGUAUGCCAUUUGGACAGGUCACUUCUGGGAGUCAACGGAGGGGUAGCGAGGAUGUGUGGGGCACAGGUUCCACAGGGGCCACAUACGUCCGGCCACUCCUCACCCACGAUGACUUUUACCCCACCUCUCAUCCUCUGGACCCACCCGCACCAGGCACUGCACCACCACCAAUCCCCGACGACCCCCAAUUCCGCAAACUGUUACACCGACUGGAUAUAUCCCGCAUAACGGAUCGAUUGAUUGCCAUGGGUGCGUGCUGGAAGCAGCGGACGGAUAAAAGGAGUCGAAGGAACAAUGUGGACGAUGUUGCGAGAUUUUUGAAUACGAGGUAUCCGGGAAGAUAUCUGGUUUGGAAUUUGGCUGGCGACACUGUGGCAGGAGCGUACGAUACCACGCAUUUUGGGAACCAAGUUGUUUCAUUUGGAUUAUCCAAGGCAUACGCCAUGAGCUUGCGUACGCUAUUUGACAUUUGCCGAUCCGUACACGCUUGGCUAUCCCUUGACCCGCGACACGUUGCGGUUUUUCAAUGUUCAACGGGAUUGGGACGGACGGGGGUGGCGAUUGCCUGUUACCUUCGAUACAGCGAGACCUUUAUGGAUGCGAAUGAGGCAUUUGAAUACUUUAUCCGGCGACGAACUCGUGGUGAGGCGGCGUGGGCUACGGUUGCGCUGAGGCGAUACGUUGGGUAUUUCAAUCAUAUUGUGGAGCUGGGUGGAAGCUUACCCAAUCCCAAGGUGCUGAAACUUCAUCGCGUGAUUGUGGAAGGAAUGCAGGCUGUAAAUGAACCUAGUGUGGAAGUAUACCAGAACGGCAAGAUGGUGUAUUCGUCUUUGAUUCGCUCGAGACAAUAUGCGAGCGGUGAGGAUGUGGUGAACGGGUCAACACCAUCAGCUUACGUAGAUGUGACGGGAAAAACAGUGUUUCGCAUAUCACCCGAUCAACAGCUGUUUCUGGAUUCGGAUAUCCAAGUACGGUUGUUCCACAUACCUGACCCAGUAUUAAACUCGGCACAAGUGACCACCAUCGCCAGCUUGUCCUUUCAUACCGGCUUCAUGCUACCCGGCGUCAUUCGCGUCGCUAAGCGGGAUCUGGAAGUUGCCCCACGAGAAGUAGAGUUGCGACACGUGACGGAACAGUUUUGCGUUUAUUUGGUGUUUUCAGAAAGUAGCAAUGCGGUAGUGAAAACGGGGGGUGGGUAUGUUCAGAUGCUCGACAGAGGUUUGACGAGAUGCUUGGCUAGGCUGGUUGCUGGACAUGGCGUUAGAGUGAAGGAGUCGGCGUUGAAUGUAUUGGAGGGAAUGGGAACUUCUCGGAUCUUGGCCUGUUUUGCGCUCCAACGGACAAACAAUGACCUUCGGGCCGCGACAAAGUAUAUUCAGCAAUUGCGUGGCCAAGAAGGUGCCAAUGGGUCUAGCUCGGUUGGUAAGUCGCUCGCUGCGGCACCUCGAGAGGGGGAUCCACUUCCAACCAACAGGCAACUGGAUGAUGCAAAACAGCCGACCGCCGGCUUACCCAACCAGGGGCACGUCGUCGGCGAAGAUUCCAAGUCUACGUCUGCGCCGCGAAAUGUCACGUCUGCCUCUUCGGGAAGAUCGACGAGUUCGGUAUCUACAGGAUCACCAGCCGCGGACUCUCUUCGCUCAUCUGGGUCUUCAUCAGGUGGGCGGGGUAAAUCACCCGAAACCGCGCGGGACGUAGAUCAAACAGGUCCAUUGCAAGGGGUUGGAGUCCACGAAGCACGCAUGGGCGUUAUUUCCCCAGUCCCAAAAGUCUAUGAGGAGGCGACUAGUCCUACGGAGACGGGACGUGCUAUUAAGAGGAUGGAAGAGUUGUUGGAACAGGCCGCAAAGGCCAUAGGACGGAAGCGAACGAGCGAAGAGAAGGGGCGACGAGGUUCGGAUGUGGGACUGGAGGGAGGAGAGCGGGCAGGAAUCCAACGAGGUGUAAAUAGACGGCGGAGUCGAAGUUUUGGGUCUCCGAGAUCCGGAUAUGGCGGUGACGAUGGAAAGAAUUUGGGCGCGACGUCAUCCUUAAAAGAGGUAUUGGAUCAAAUGAAGAGUAUGCGCGGAGCGUCGGUUUCCAGUUCGAGUUCUGCCGGUGGGGCGCGGUCUACGGCAAGCGAGGCGGGAUUGUUAGAAUUAAUGGGGGAGCUGAAGGCCAUUGCCGCUGAGGUUGGGAGUCCAGACAGGGAGAAAAAGAGUCCGAUGCCGUGGCCGUUACCUCCAGGGUUGGCGGAGCGGCCAGAGAAGGCAGAGAGGAGAUCUCCCUCCGCUCCAGUGCGAAAGUCGUCAAUGUCGGAAACCACGAGGCCUGUAUUGGCGGGCGUGGUAAAUCUGCUGCCGCCUCCCAUUGGUAGUCCGAAUGUUGAGGAGGUAUCUGAGCCUGUUGUCGCUCCCCCUCCUCCUCCACCACCGCCGCCACCCCCUCCCCCUCCCCCUCCUCCCCCGCCACCACCACCUGCGUCAGGAGCGCUCCCCAUGUCUACGCCAUCAAGCCCAUCAACCUCCAAGCCGCGUGUCCGAGCUCGAGUCCAUUGGGACGAAAUCCGCGAUGUGGAAGGGUCUGUCUGGAACGAACUUGCACCGGCUGUGGGCGUCGGUGAGGACGGAGUUCAAUUGGAUGUGCAACGUUUUGAAGGUUUGUAG